AUGAGAAUACUACAAAGGCUUAAGAGCUUUCAUAGCUUUCAUAUUUACACACAUGUUGAUUUUUCCCAAGAUUAUGGACUUUUGGCUAUAAUUACCGUCUGCACUGUCAUAUAUGGGAUCAUACCGGCUAUCAUUUCUGUUUUGAUGGGUCAGGUUUUUGAUCUUUUACGAAGACCAAAUAAUUCAUUCGAUACUAUAAACAAACAGAUGCAUUACCUAACGUUGAGAAGCAUGGCAAUUCUUAUCACUGGGCUGGCAAGUGUACCUGUUUGUUGGCUAUCAAUUUCAUCGUGGAUGACACUAGGCGAAAGACAAGCAUUCAGAAUUCGACGAAAACUGCUUCAUUCAUAUUUGAAUAAAAGCAUGGCCUGGUAUGAUUCUAAUGAACAACUAUCAGGAGAGUUUACUCAGCUUAAUCGCUGCUCAGAAGAACUGAGGUCCAGUUCAGCUGAAGCUUCUGCAAUAAUAUUUCAGAAUGUUGUAACUGUAAUUGCAUUACUUGGAACGGCGCUGUAUUUUUCCUGGUCUCUAACUUUGAUUAUUAUGGCAAGCUCCCCGCUUGUUAUCUUGUUCGCCAUUUGCUGUUCCAGAAAGAUAGAGAAAUACGGCAAGCUCGAAAAUGAAGAAACCUCAACUUCCGCUGAUAUCAUGGCUUGGUCAGUAAACGCUGCUAAGAUGAUAAGGUUGCUUGGCACACAGGAAACCGAAGUCAAAAGGUUCCAGAAAAGCGUUGGGAAAAGUCGCGAACAUUUCAAUAAAACGGCUCUGUUCUCUUCCCUCAAUUACUCCGUACUUAGGUUCUUGACACUUUGUAUGUUUGUACAAGGUUUUUGGUAUGGGAACGUACAAAUUAAGAACGGAGACCUAAAUCCGGGAGAUGUCAUGACCUGUUUUUCGGCUUGUAUUCUACUAGCAGGCACACUAAACAACACUCUACACCAGGUAGUCACUUUACAAAAAGGGGCAAUAGCACUACAAAAGAUACAGAAAUUUCUAGAAGUAUCUCCCGCCAACAGGUUGCUGCUUAAAAGGACCUUGGACCUACCAAGCGUUCCGGUAUCCUGGCGCCGAGGGUCGGUUGAAUUCUACAAUGUCAAGUUUGCUUAUCCUACAAGACCAAAUGAAACGGUAUUAAAAGGUGUUAAUUUGAAGUUCAAAGCUGGUAAGCUAACUUUUAUUGUCGGCAAAUCGGGCUCCGGUAAAUCAACCAUCGGAAACUUAAUGCUGAAUCUGUAUGACAACGUGUGCGGGAAGGUUGAAAUUGACGGCGUUGAUGUGAGACAAAUUGAUCACCAGUCGCUGUUAGGUAAUAUAACUUUGGUCGAACAAACCACUGCACUUUUUAAUGACUCGCUUAAGAACAAUAUACGGAUGGGAACUCAUAUUACGGAAGAUGAAGAAGACUCAAUUAAACACGCUUGCCAGAUGGCCAUGCUCGGAAAUGUAAUAAGAGAUUUGGCAAGAGGUUUAGAUACAACUAUCGGUAAUUCCGGCGUCGAUUUGAGCGGUGGCGAACAGCAGAGAGUGGCUAUUGCUAGAGCUAGGCUACGGGACACUCCUAUACUUGUUCUCGACGAGGCUUUAAGCGCACAGGAUCGUGUCCAUAAAAGUCUCCUGAUGGAGGCCAUAAGGCGUUGGAGAAGUGAAAAAACAACCAUUAUUUUGACUCACGAAUUUAGCGACAUUGCGGAUUCAGACUACGUUUACCUGAUGGAAGAUGGCGAAGUGCGAGAAGAGGGUUUUAAAGGGAAGCUGCUCCAGACCGGAUCCUCUGCAUUUGCGCAAAUGCACAAGUUCCAAGUAUGUGCUGAUGAGCUGGAUGAUGUCAAAACGUUGAACGGUCAUGAGCAGCUUGAUCAAAAACUCAGAUGUAAAGGUAUCAACGUGGAUGUAGAGGAAAUGUAUUCGGAAAUGGGAUCACCGUCGACAGAAAAAACUUGUAGCGUAUCUGGUCCAGAAGAUUUCAGGAUGCCGUCCACUUUCAUCAGGAACUCAACAGACUUACUUCAAUCUAAUCUCAUGAUGUCACAGCGGAAAAGAAGGGCUGAUAUGGCCACUAGAAUAGAUUUGAAUGGUGUUUUGGGUGUUGAAAUAUCAGCCUCUGAAGAUCUUGAGAAAGCAACUACCGAACCUAAGCUUAUGAAAAUGAUAUCGAUAAUGCGCAAACUUCUUUGCACAUUAGACAAAAAAGGACUUUUAGUUGUUGGAGUUUUGGCUGCCCUUCUCGCUGGUGUUGCAAAUCCUCUCUUCUCUUACACCUUUUCAAGACUACUUGGUGGCAUUGCUUCUUCUUCGCCUAAGUCAGUGGCCUUGAGGUAUGCAACAAAGUGGUCUCUCAUUGUAUUGCUUGUAGCAUUUUUGGAUUCAAGUUUUACUUUCUUAAAGUGCUAUCUGCUUUCAAGAUGUGGCGAGGCCUGGAUUAAAACUUUGCGGAAUUUGGCUUUUAGGAACAUCGCGAGGCAAAACUUGAACUGGUUUAGUAAUAGCCACAAUAGCACCUCAAAACUUUCUUCGUUAUUGCUGAAUGAUCUCCGAGACUUGAGAGCGCUCGCUUCUGAAUUUUUGGCCGCCAUUACAACACUGAUGGUGGUUUCAAUUUGUGGUUUGGUAUGGGCACUAGCGUCAGGCUGGAAACUGAGCUUGGUUUGCAUCUCUCUAGUACCUAUUUUUGUUCUCUUCUCAGGCUUUUAUGGAGGAAUGCUGCAGAAAUAUGAAGCGGACUACAAAACAAGCAUUGCUAGCUUAGAAGACAAAGUUUAUGAUGCUGUAAGAAAUAUUAAGACGGCAAGGUGCUUCCAGUUCGAGGAGUCUAUAAUCGGCGAAUUCACUACUUUAGAACUUGUUGCGAGGAGUCUCGGCCGUAAACGCGCACUAGGAACGGGCUUCGGCGUCGGCGCUUCCAAUGGACUCACCUUCAUGACACAAGCAAUACUCCUGUAUUUUGGAAUGAAAUUGGUGAUUACUGGUGAAUAUUCCUCCGCGAAAAUGCUCCAAACCCUUACCCUUUUGCUCUUCACGAUAAUGACAUGUAUGUCACUGAUUUCCCAAAUUCCAGAAAUUAGUAGGGGCCAACGAGCUGCGACGUACAUUUUCCAGGUCGUGAAUGCGGAUUGCCCAGCAGAACACUCUUGUCUGAAAUCUCGUACAUCAAACUUCUCCCUGACGAACAAGGAGCCCUUGAUUCGGCUAAAAAACCUGCGCUUCUCGUAUCCAUACGCAAACAAUGCUUUGAUUUACAAAGAUCUUAAUCUCGAGAUAUACAAAGGGGGGGCUGUCGGUCUUGUUGGAAGAUCUGGUUCAGGUAAAUCAACUUUGUGGCAUUUAAUUACACGUUUGUAUGACGUUUCCAAUAACAGCAUAUGGAUUGACGGCACAGACAUAAACUUGUGGAAUGCAGGGAUAUUAAGAGACCAUAUCGCUGUUGUUGAGCAGAAACCACAAUUUUUUCUGGGGUCCAUCAUUGAUAAUUUAACCUAUGGCUUGAAUAGGGAAGUCGGUAGUCUUGAAGUUGAAAAUCUGUUGAGAAUGGUAGGGAUGCAAGAGUUUGUGGCAUCCACUCCGUCUCGAUUACAUUCAGAUAUUGAUACAAAACUGUUAUCCGGAGGUCAAGUGCAAAGACUGGCGAUAGUCAGAGCUCUCUUGCGUAAGCCUAAAAUACUAAUUUUGGAUGAGUGCACAUCGGCCCUGGACGCAAAGCAUGGCUUCAUAAUGUCUAAAUUUGUGAAAAAAAACCUAAACGGCACAACGGCACUAAUUUUAACUCACAGCGAGCAAAUGAUGAGGGCGUGUAGUCGAAUUGUGACCUUCUCUGAAGGUGCAAUUAUAGAGGAUGGAUGCUUUGAAGAAUUAAUACAGCAAAAAGGUGAACUCUACAGUAUUUUAUCUAGUAGUGAAAUAUAG